UCCUUAGUGAAAAGUCAAAAACGUGAUAUUCCUCUCUUUCAUCGUGAACCCUUGUUCUCUUACGCCUAUCGCCUUAGAAAAGAAAGCAGUGAGAGUUGUAAGAGGGAAAAAUGGGAGGAGAAGAGGAUUCACAGAAACUGAAGAGUAUAGCAGCAUCAGCAUAUGACUAUGAGAAUGAUCCAAGAUGGGCUGAUUAUUGGUCAAAUAUACUCAUUCCUCCUCAUAUGGCUUCUCGUAACGACGUCGUUGACCAUUUUAAGCGCAAGUUCUAUCAACGCUACAUCGACCCUGGUCUAGUGGUUGAGCCAAUGACUACCAGCAGUUCGUCCCAACCAGCAAAACCAUCAGCUGCACAACCCUCAUCAUCAUCAACAUCGUCGUCCACAACUUCUAAUAACCAGCCAAGACAACGUAACACUGGACAAGCUAGUAGAACUUCGGGCACGUCAACAACCCCAGCUUCAAAUCCGACAUCACUUCGAUGGGAUCGACAAACUAUACAAUUUUCAGUGAAUGCUUGGGUUUUUGUUGUGGCAGUUCUCUGUAUAUUUCCGCUUACACCUGCAAAUCUGUCGAAAAGAGCAUAUCGACUGUCCUUCUUGGGAACUGCAUGUUCUUCGCUAUAUUCGUUAUACUCAUUAUAUGGGAAACCGAGGGCUUGGAAUUUACAAGCAGUGCAAGUUUGGUUACAGUCCGUGAUUGUGACAAAGGAUUUCAUCUACUUCAUUUACUGCCUUACUUUUGUCACUUCCCAUCUAUUCCUGAAAUUUGCUUUGAUUCCUGUUUUAUGCCGAGCACUAGAACAUGUUGCGAAAUUUCUCCGACGUAACUUCAGCAGAUCUUCUUUGUACAGGAAGUACUUGGAAGAGGCUUGUGUAUGGGUCGAGUCAAAUGUGACUACUCUUAACAUACUGUCUUCACAGGCUGAGAUUGGACUGGGAUUUCUUCUAGUUGUCUCACUAUUAUCGUGGCAGCGUAAUAUUAUACAAACAUUCAUGUAUUGGCAGAUAUUGAAGCUUAUGUAUCAUGCUCCUGCUACUGCUGGUUAUCAUCAGAGCGUGUGGGCCAAGAUCGGGACGCUUGUAAAUCCUCUUCUUCAACAAUAUGCCCCGUUCAUGAAUACUCCUGUUGCUACUAUUCAGAGAUGGUGGUUCAGGUAGAAGACUUGCCGAAAGAUAUACAAGAGUUGUAGGGCAGGAAAUACUUCUUUGGGAUUUUACUUUGGCCUGAAGGAUAAAAAUAUAAACUAGAGUUGUCUAGUUGACGAUUCCUAAUAAUUGCCUUUGGGGUUAUUUCCAAGUUUUCCCAUUUUUGCCCAGGGAUUGACUUUUCCUUCUGUUUAACUGUUUUGUUUUGUAAACAUCACUACCCAAAAAGUGUUUAAAUUGUGCAAGAACUGUAGUUUUAAUAUCAACUAAUCAUUUCUAUUC